AUGAAAAGGAGUUUGGCUGAGACCUCGGCUCGCAGCACAGCAGGUUGUCUGCCUGUACCACUGUUCAAUCAGAAAAAAAGAACUAGACAGCCUGUCACUUCAAAUCCACUUAAAAAUGAACCAGGUACUGGUUCUGCAACUCGGAGUUACGACUUUUCUCCCUCAUCAUUCGGUUGGGGAACUGCAAACCCAGAAGUGGAUGAACUACAGACAGCAGCAAACAGUGGGCAAGCAGAGCAUCCAAUGGCUCCUUCCCUUCUGAAACCACCAAAUGCAUCAAAGUUUAAUUUAGCAAAUGCUGGGAAAAACUUGUCUGCCUGCAGGAACAGAAAUGAAUAUACUCCUUUAGGUAACACAGCAAAAUCAAGAUCUGAUAAUGGAACUUCUCGAAAGUUUGAGAAUUUUUCAAGCAGUUUGAAAAGUGCCCAGCAGCAAAAACGCCCUGAGAGUCGUAACCCAUCCCAGCUGACCAAAACAGACACUGCCAAAGGACAGUGGCCAGUGAAACCCAACACUGUGGCAAGAAAUCUGCAGGAUCAUAGUCCGGCAUAUAAAUUUAACCACAAUACUCAGCAAAAUAAAAUGAAGAAAAAACAAUUUGGUUGUGUCCCAGAAGAGAAAAGUCAGGAAAUGUCAUCAUCUCAAGUGAAAACGAAAAUAAAAAAGAAUUCUUUGCGAAUCCUGUCUGCAGUCAUUCAAAGUGUGAAGCACUGGAGCCAAUAUGCCUACAAAACUGCCCUGUUAUUUGAAGUUUUGGGCACACUGGAUUCUGCAGUCACACCUGGAGCAAAAGGGGCGAAGAACUUUCUUCUGAGAGAUGGAAAGGAGACCCUGCCUUGUGUGUUUUAUGAAAUUGACCGUGAGCUUCCCCGACUCAUUAGAGGUCGAGUGCACAGGUGCAUGGGAACUUACGAUGCAAAAAGGAACGUUUUCAAGUGCGUCUCUGUAAGACCAGCAACUGCUCAAGAACAGGACACUUUCCAAGAGUUUGUUAAAAUUGCAGAUGUUGAGAUGACAGCAUAUGUAAAAACUAUAAAUGAAAUGUAAAAGUCAAAGUGGUCGUCCAAACCCCAGUUAGAACUAGUUGUUGUCUGGACAUGCUACAGCAUUUACCAAAACUGCCAGUGAAAAUGGGGUUAAACAUUUGAAAAUAUCACUGAGCUGUGUUAUCCAACAAAUGGUGUGUGGUGUUCAUUGGGUUCCCAUUUAUGUGUUACCUCAUUCAUGUUUUUUAAAAAAAAUAAAUAGUCAGUAUAAUACGUGUAUAAAAUAACAACAGACCCUGAGGCUGUAGGAAGAUUCCAAAAGACACAGAGGAAGUAGAAAAGAAAGAAUUAUUUGAACACAGAACUUCCUUGCCUUUGCCAUAGAAACAUCUUUCAUGAGGGAAGGACCAUGUACAUGUUUAUGUACCUUUGCCUUCAAACAUUAACUUUCAUAGAUUAUUCCUGCUGUUCCUAUUUCCUUUUCCCCUGCUUCAGAAGCUUUGGAGCAGAUCUAUUGGGAAUUGCAAAACAAAAGAGUUGUCAAGAAAAUAGCAAACAGUAUGGGGAUUUUUUUUAUUGUUUUAUUAUACAGUGUUGGCAAUUGGAAAUUUCACAUUUAAAAUAAUUGAAAUAUUGUAUCCAACAAGUCAAAUACAGAAAACAGUUAAUAUUCUAAAAAGGAGCCAGCUAGUCAACGCAGAAACACAUUAAUGGAAAAUACAGCUUUUAGUUACACUUAAAAAAUUAUAUAUUUGGAAUAAAACUUGAACCUGUCCAGCAAAUUGUAACAGGAGAACGCUUGUACACAGUUGAACGCGCAGACAGUCUUUAUUUAAAAAAGUGAUCUGUCAGUGUGAGCACAGGCAGUGCCAGCUACAGGUGAGAUCUGAAGGAUGUGCUUUACUGCAAGGAUCACUGGAGUGAGUUACCAUCACACCUUCAGUGUGAGGCAGGCUCACAGCAAGGAGGGUUUUGCCAAUCCAGUUGUAGAGGUCAUGUACACGUGUUUGAUUCAUUUAAAUAUUAUAAAAAUAUUAUAAAAUGUUAAAGGAAGCUCCAGCUGGAAGCUUGACUCAUAAAAGGUGCAGAAUAUUGCAGGAUGCACAACAAAAGUUGAGCUUUAAGAAGUAAAAGAUUUGGUACAGCAGUGUUGUGAAUUGUGAGACUCUGCUGUUAUUUAAAAUUGAUUCCAGUUAAGUGAUUGAGGCUUCCAAUUCUGCACACAUGAAACUUAUGUUAACAAGUAGUGACAGGAAUAGGUCCUUGUCUUCUAGGUGUGUUAUGGCUGUUAAUAAAAA